AGGAGGAAGCUGCUGCUGCUGCUGCUGUUUCAGGGAUAUUAAAACAUGGACAGUCAAGGGAGGAAAGUCGUGGUUUGUGACAAUGGAACCGGGUUUGUUAAGUGCGGCUAUGCAGGCUCCAACUUCCCCGAACACAUUUUCCCAGCGUUGGUUGGCCGGCCAAUCAUCCGCUCCACUGCUAAAGUUGGAAACAUUGAAAUCAAGGACCUGAUGGUGGGAGACGAGGCCAGCGAGCUGCGCUCCAUGCUGGAGGUGAACUAUCCCAUGGAGAACGGCAUCGUCAGGAACUGGGACGACAUGAAGCACCUGUGGGAUUACACCUUCGGCCCCGAGAAGCUCAACAUCAACUCACGCGACUGCAAGAUCCUGCUGACCGAACCGCCCAUGAACCCGACCAAGAACAGGGAAAAGAUCAUUGAAGUGAUGUUUGAAACGUACCAGUUCACCGGAGUUUACAUCGCCAUCCAGGCCGUCCUCACUCUCUACGCUCAAGGGCUGCUGACUGGUGUGGUGGUCGACUCCGGCGAUGGCGUCACCCACAUCUGUCCGGUGUACGAAGGCUUCUCGCUGCCUCACCUGACCCGACGCCUCGAUAUCGCAGGAAGGGACAUCACACGCUACCUCAUCAAGCUGCUUCUGCUGCGAGGUUACGCCUUCAACCACUCAGCUGACUUCGAGACGGUGAGGAUGAUGAAGGAGAAGCUUUGCUACGUCGGUUACAACAUCGAGCAGGAGCAGAAGCUGGCGCUGGAGACGACGGUGCUGGUGGAGUCCUACACGCUCCCAGACGGCAGGGUGAUCAAAGUGGGAGGAGAGAGGUUCGAAGCCCCCGAAGCUCUGUUUCAACCUCACCUUAUCAACGUGGAGGGGGUUGGUGUGGCCGAGCUGCUCUUCAACACCAUCCAGGCUGCAGAUAUCGACACCAGAUCUGAGUUCUACAAGCACAUCGUCCUGUCUGGAGGCUCCACCAUGUACCCCGGCCUGCCGUCCCGCCUGGAGCGCGAACUCAAACAGCUUUACCUGGAGCGAGUGCUGAAGGGAGACGUCGACAAACUAUCGAAAUUCAAGAUCAGGAUAGAGGACCCCCCUCGGCGUAAACACAUGGUGUUCCUGGGCGGCGCUGUGCUCGCCGACAUCAUGAAGGACAAGGACAACUUCUGGAUGACGCGGGAGGAGUACGAGGAGAAAGGGACAAGAGUGCUGGAGAAGCUGGGUGUCACCGUCAGAUAAAACACACACACACACACACAUACAUACAAAAACACUUCCCAGUCCUCCCCAAUGUACCUCCAUCUACUCCAUCACCUGACGUCCAUGCAUCGCUCACCUUGAUGUGUCUGGACGGUCACAAUGUGUCUUCAAUUCAUGCACAUUAUGAUAAAAGGGAGGGAUAGAAGGAGGGAGGGAGGAGGGGGAGGGGAAAUAGGGAUGAAGGAUGUGGAGUUUUGGGGAAAAGAAGUCUCCUGUGAAGGCAGGAAAUUAAGAAUACAAUGUUUUUUGAGAUACAUGAGGCAAUUAAAGGAAAAGUUUGACAUCUUGGCAAACUUAUUGGCUUUCUUGCUGAGAGUUAGCAGAGAGGAUUGAUACCACUCUCAUAUCUGUGCAUUAAAUAUGAAGCUGGAGCUAGAACACAAUUAGCUUACCGUAAAGAUUGGAAACAGGGUGAAACAGCUCGCCUAGCUCUGUCCAGAGGUUAUAAACAUCUGCUUACCUGCACCUUAAAAGAUGACUGACUAUAUUGUAUUUAUUUUGAGGUGAGGAUUUACGUCAUUGUAAGGUUCCCAGAAGAAGUAGUUGCUACAUAAACCCCCUUAAAACCACAACUUAUCACUUUUACACUUCUUUUUGAAGUGCUGUUAGCCUGAUUUUAUAACCUUUGGACAGAGCUAUACUUGCUGUGUUCAACAUGUUUCCAAUCUUUAAACUAAGCUUAUCUAACCAUCUACCGGCUCCAGCUUCAGAUAUGAGAAUGGUAACAAUCUACUUAUCAAACUCUUAGCAAGAAAGCAAACAUUAAGUAAGAAAAUAAAUAAAAAUAAAUUCAUUUUUCAUCAUCAAAGUGUGGCAUUAAAAAUGGUGGAGUGUUCAAACUUGUCAAAAUGUCCCUUAAGAGACCAAUUUACUUUCAAUUUGUGUCUGUCGAACGACUCCUCAUGAAGCCAGAUUGAACUUUGGUCUGUUUUCGAGAUGAAGACGACGACCGUGAUUAUUAUUAGUGAUGCAUUUGAGUUCGGCUCCAAAACGAGACCCCCGCCAUGUGAAAAAUGUGUCACCUGCUCUGAAUAGAAUAAUCCAGACUGAUACUUGCAGUGUGGAGCAUUAAAGAGAUUAGAUAUCCGAACAAAUAGAUCAUUACAUACUGUGUCUUUUUAAAAUACUGGUCAUCGAAUAACACGUUGCCCUCGCCCCAAAUGUCCUGUUUAAUGUCUUGAAACCCUUCGUUGAGUCACUGGACUGAAGGUGCAGAAGGGCAGGCAGAUAUUUUUAACUUGAUGUGACUUUUGCUCGAGCUGGGACGUUCAUAUCUUCCACAAGAGGUUGGAAAGAUUGAGAAAACUUGAAGGAAACUCUAAAUUCCUCAGUCUUUUUGUUGUCUUGGGUUCCUCUUGGAUUUGUGGUUUGAUUUGUGGUGGUGAGCAGGGUUUUGGUUAUGGAAACAAGCCCAUUUGGAGCUUUCGGUUGGGUUGAUUUGGUUGUUUCUAUAUCCUGCUAACAACCUACAAAUCAUCCAUCACAGAUCAAAGACAGCUUGACGUAUAAGGAAACGGUUUUGAUUCCUCAACAAUUACAAAGCAUAAAGUCAUUCCUUAGCACUGAUCAAGGACAUCUACUAUGCACCAAAUUCCUGCGACGCCACUUCCCUGAAAUCGGACAUUUGAGCGACUCGGAGUCACGUUAAAAGUACCAACUACCAGAUGGUAGUGUGCCAUGACUCAAAGAGACUUUACAGAAAAAGAAUAAAGAAUUAAAACAUAGGAGCAUAAAAUAUCAAUAAAUUCUUUCCAAUAAAGUGUUUAAGACUAAGACUGACAAAGAAAGGUCUCUUCCAUUGCAGCCAAUACAAACUUUUGAUUGCCGGAAGCUAAAUCAGGCAAUUUACUGUUUUAUUUUAUUAGUGUUACUGUAAUAAAGAUAAGGGUCACCAAUGGCAGCACUGAACACAAGUUGGUGAAUCUUUUCCUUUCAGCGGAUGUGACUCCUCGCUCUCUAUACUCACGAGGACGAAAGAAUUUAAUUCAUGAAAAAUGAGACGGCCUUGUUCGCUCCAGCAUCAUUUUCGGGAGAUAUAGUUAUUCAUGACUCACAGCAUCUCAACUGUCACAGAAUAUAACUAAUAUUAGAGAAAAACUAUCUCCACAACAGGCCGUUUGUUCACUUUCCCAUCAUAUCAAUAAAGACAGAAGGGGAGUUGUUGGAUUGCACCUGUAGUCCUGUAGUCACUUGCUCACAUUUCAGGGAUUGAAGCUUCCUCGAUGACGGCUGAUCUGGAUUAUUUCCUGGUCACAGAUCAGUGAAUGGAACAAGCAUGAUUAACAGGAAGAAUGCACUCUGCAAAGAAAAAAAAAGAAAUGCUGCAACAUGUUUUUGUUUGUUUUUUCUUGUAUCGACGGUAGUAGAAGAAACCUUUCUUGGUCAGAGCAAAUUUCCAACCAUCUGGUCAGCCUGUAUUCCUGUAACUCAUCAACUGAGUCACUCAAUGACAGAAAUGUUCUGGGAUGUGUAGUAUGAUGUUCCUGUUUCAGGGUUAGUCAUUCCUCUUGUUACUAUUUGCACCAUGCUUUCAAUUCCAGCUGCUUUUUCACUUUUUGUUUCAUUCCUUUCUCGGUUUCUGAUUAUUGCUUUUGUGCUUUUUGUUUCAGUUGAGACCAGGCUUUGCCUUUUAUUAUUUGUAGGAUUGUUCAGCCGAUUUAUGAUUGCAUCAUUGCCUGAGUUCACUAAAGGGCCCGAACAACUGAUCUGGGUUCAGUCAUUGCUAAUAAAUCAAUUGUAAACUGUUGGUGAACAGAUUCAUUGGCUGGUCCUGGAUCAGAUAUUAAGGGCAAAAUGAAGCAUAUCCUGUUUUCAGAGGAAAUCACCAGAAGGAAAUAAUCAAUAUGUUGGUGUAGAAGGAAAAAGGAGGAGUGGACGGUAAAGUCACUGUCAGCUGAUGAGGUUUAGUAAUCCAAACAUUUCUUGAACCAUAAAUGAUCUCAUUGGUUGAGAUGAAGCUCAGUAAAUGGAACAAUUGUAAUGUAACCUGAGAGUGAAUCUGAAGAAGAGAAGAAAGAUAGUGUUAUGAACUUAAGCACCCUGCUACACCGAGCUAAAUGCUUGGUAAAUUUGGUUGUUAUAGAUAAAGUAGCCUUGUUUAAAAGAAGAUACCACCAGCCAAUCAGGUACAGAGUUAAAGCUCUUACAUGCCAUCAGCCAGAGGUUAGUUAUAAACGUUAGACUCAGUACUACAGUACUCAUGAGCCUCAGCAGCUAUUUCUAUAUAUCCGAUACUAACUAGAGCUGUUUGGGUCACUGGGUUGUUGCAAUCAAGACCAAAGACUCUCUAACCAGUGAGAUCAUUCUGGGGUGUUUGUGCAUAUAAAUCUUUUAAGGAUAAGGCUGGCACUACUUUUCUUCUUGUCAACAAAUCUCAUGUUUGGAUCCAAACCAACAAUCAACUGAUCUACGAGUAUUUUGUGUGUGUAUCCAAAGCCUGAUGUAUCUUAUUCUGUGAAGUAGACCUUGGCUGCACUGGAUAACAUGUUCAAGUUUGGCCACAUUAGCUUGUUUAGAAACGGCUCCAAAAACUAAUAUCAGCGAUCAUGUUUUCAGUCUCCAGAGAGUAGUCCUGUGUACAGCUUUGCUAGCUUAUUGUGCAUAUGUGGAUUAAAACCUCUUGACUUUUGAAUUACAUCAUACAUUUCUCAAAGAACUUCAGUGAGAAGUCAAGAGGUUGUGACAUGCUAGUGAACCGCGUUCCUGCACAUGCUCAGUAGCGUCUGCCUUACACAGAACUACUCUCCAGAGACACAACACACGAUCACUGAUUUCUAUUUUGGAGCCGUUUCUAGACAGACGGACGUGACAAAACUCUUUAUAAUGCAGGAUUUGGAUACACACACACACACAAUACUUGCUAGUAGAUCAGUUAAUUGUUGGCUUGGAUCCGAACAUGAGAUGUGUUGACGGUAAGAAAUAUCUAAUAACUAGGAAAUCACCAGAAUGAUCCUUCAUGAUUCACACUUUGAGGCUAUUUAACCGUCUGGAGUUUUUUUUCCAUUUUGAAUUUGAAUUCCACUGAUCAUCAUGCUCAUGGUUUUCUUCCUCAUCAUGACCAAACUUUCCUCUCCUCCUCCUCCUCCUCCUCUGCUUCUCGGGUCUUGGCUGUACUGAAGAUGAAGUUGUGGGUUUUGGGGGUUACACACGAAGGGGAUUUGUGUCGGUUACUGAAAUAAUAUUUGUAAUAUUAAUGAGAAUCUGGUGUCAGGAAGUGGAGACCACGUAAAAGCUGGUAUUUGUGGUUUCCAUCUUGGUGCUUAUGUGUAUAUUGGAGGCACUUGACACACACACAUAUGAAUAUAAAUGUAUAAUUUCCUUUUGACAACACAGUCAUUAAGUGCCAAGUACAGUUAUUCUAGCUGGAUCUUAUUUUUGGUCGUCCUUUUUAUGUUUUUGUUUAUAGCAUAACUGCCAACCGCUGAUUUAAAUAAAGCAAAGUGAUUUAUA